AUGGCUCUGAUGGAAGAGGCUGAUUCCGUCUUGGACGACAUCAAUCGCAAACUUGUGAGAAGGAUUCCAGCUAAGGAGAGAGAGAGGUCAAAGGAGGAGAGGCUAGAGAGGAACGCAGAGAAGAGGGAGAAGAAGAGGGCACAAAAGGCUGAAAGAGCGGCACAGAAAGAAAAUCGUGCCAGAAAAAAGGACAAGACGAACGCGAUAUCGCCUACAGCGACGGGUGCGCCAAUCCGCAAGUUUACCUCCUACGGAAUGUCUACAGCGGUCGAGAUCAACGAGAAACUCAAACCUGCGGUCUCUGAAGUCUCCCGCCUGACGGAAGAGGCGAGAGCUAUCAUGGCUGCAAUUCAACACACCAAACCACACAUCCGCAGAAUGCCUGUCUCAAAACUAGCAACAGCCCAAGCCUUCAACCAAACACUAGGAUACGCCGUUCAAGACAUCCUCCGUCUGACGGAGGAAGCACGUACCAUAAUGACUACCAUCCAGCAACGCAAACAACAACACCAACGGCAACGCACCCAGCAAACGCAAUGGCGACACCUGCGCCGAUGGGGCCGCGACACUACAAUUGUAUCUUUGAAGCCCGACACCUCACCCAAAGUCCUCCUAGACACGGCAUACAAAGCGCGCCGGACAUCGAUAUCCAUGAUGCGAGCCUUCAAGAAGCGCGUCAGGAGUAUCAAAGCUCUCAUCCGGCAGCGUAAACAUGACCUUCGCAAAUUGAUCAACGCCAAUUCGCGCACCGUGCAAGACCGGCGGCGCAGGCGCAUCCGACGCGUCAGUCAGCCUGUGCACGUUGUACGCUACCCAUCUGGACGCCGGGCGGUGCGGAAUCAGACUGUCCCUGCGUUGCAGAAAGGUAAACGGUUUGCGAGGUUUAGGACGGUUAUGCAACGGCAGCCGGGAUUUAGAACGGUGACGCAGCAACGGCAGUCGGUGAUGGAAGAGAGGAAGCAGAAGAGGGAUGAACUUACGGCUACGGUAGCGUCGUGGCUUGGUGGUGGGGGGAGUUCUGGUGGCGAUAAAAGCGGGAAUGGGUCGUUGCUUGCUACGGCGGAGAAAGAUGAAGAAAGGGACGGGAGGGGUGGACGGAGGAGGCGGAGGUGA